GUUUCCGGUGCGCCAAAAUGGAGGCAUUCAUCAAUGAGAUGGUGGAACCGCGCGUCUUCGAUCUGAUCGUGCUGAUACUUCCGAAAUGGAAACUGCUGCUGUACAUCUUCCUAAUGAAUAUAGUGAUCUUUACACCGGUGUACGUGUUCGGUGCACUAGUGAGCAACGAGCCGGACCUGGACCUCAUAUGUCCGCCGGUCAUGCUGAUCGGCUUCAAUCUGGUGCAUCGGGCCUCAUUUCGGUACAGCAGCGAACAGAACAUCUCCACACUGCUGUUCGGUAUCGCCAUCCUCAGUCUCGGAAUCUCAACCAGCGGCAUGGUCGCCAUGCUGUGUACGCCCCACUAUGUACUGCUGGUGCUACUGUACAGCGUCGUUGGAGGGUUCGGCUAUCAGCUAGUGUUUUCGCGCAUGUGGAAACUGCUGGCGAAGAUCUUUAACGCCCGCAAGGAGAUGUUUGUGAUCAAAUUUUUGCACUCGUGCGGUCAGGCCACCAGUCUACUUCUGCUGCUAGUCUGCUUUCAAGUGCCAUGGGAGGGUUACAUUUACGGUGUACUGCUCGUACUGCUGACCGGUGUUGUGCUGCAUCUCGUCCCACUCACAAUAUUGAUCGCGGGCGAGAAAGGACGACUGCGCAACGAUCUGGACGCACUCGUACAGCUAACAGAGAAAGGCAACGAAUCGUACUAUGCGCACGUUGCGACCAGAGCUACACCGGAGGUCAAGACUGAACCAUCAUCAAUUAACCCGACCGUGCCAACCUCAACCCUACCGCUGACGUGGAAGAAUCCUGCGAAUUUUAGUGCCUCCCACGACGAUGAUGAGCGCGAGCAGGAUAUGGGCCGAGAAAUAAACUCACACCUGACACCGCUGGACGACUACACGUACAGAGAGAAUGAGGAGUCACUCUUCAACCGUCAAGAGGGCAAAUGCUACAAUCAGGAUGGUGUCGAAAUACUGGAGAUGAUUCUGGAAGAGGACGAAUCUACCGUAGAGGACGCGUGUGCUCAAACGGACACAGAGGACAAUGGCACGGAAUCGGACAACCGGUCGGAUGCAACCCGCACGGCAGCAGGCAAAUGGCGUUGGUUGGGACAACUGUGUGAGGUAAUCGUCGUAGCAUACCGCGCGCUAGAUCUUAACUUUCGGCCAAGAAUUAAUCGGCGGCUAGCGUCGUCCACGCGCACUGCUCUCGGCGAUUGGCGGUGUUGCAGUUGCGCGCUGCUCAAAGCAACCGACACGAGCAUCUUCGUCCUAUUUCUUUGCAUACUACCGCGAUUGAACUUGCACUACUAUCAGCAACAGACCCGAGCCCGCCACAUGACAUUGCUAGCGGUGAUUGUGAUAUCGUCGGUGUGGGCUGCUGCUUCCUUUCUGCUGCUCUGCUGCGAGCUGCGCUUCCGGAAGCUGCACGAACGGCUGCUCGUGUUUGGCCUGUUCUUUCAGGCGUUCGGGUACUUCUGCGUAUACACUAUCCGGUCGAACUUUUGGACGUUUGCCGGAUGUAUGCUGAUCGGCGUCGGACAUUCGAUUACCUGCGCAUAUCAGGAAGCCGUCAUCAAGCAACAGCUCGGGCAGCAUCGUUGGAGUGCCGCCAAGGCGGGUAUUGGUUUGCUGGCUGGUUUGGCUGUGAUCGUGCUUGCCGCAAUCGUGAACGUGUUCUAUGUGUACGGACCGAUCGAUCAGUUGCUGCUGACGCUGCUGCUCAUCUACAGUGCUGCCGGUGCAUUCUGGAUCGCCUGCAGCUGUCGGAUAUUAUUUAUCUAACCG